ACCCAGCAACGAACAUAUCAGCCCUGUCAUUACUUCACAUCAACACAAGGCACUAAAGAAGAGCAAAGAAUGGUUGGAGGAGGAACAUGCAUCUCAAAGCUACAGUGAUAUAUCGCAUGAACUGGAUGUAGCGACUUUAGCCCUGUUGAAAGCUUCGUCAGAAAUAUUGGAACAAAACAAUCAAGAAACAGGUAGUGAUGAGCCGAGUUUAUAUUUACAUAAAACUGACUCACCAUGUAGAGCUACCCAAAAUCAGCUGUGUGGUGAUUCAGGAUCAAAACAUCAAUUACAGGCUCGCAGUAUGGAUGCUGAAGAUCAUUUUAAAAGUGAACUAGAUGCAACAAAAAGUCUGAUUGGGACUAUGAACAAACAUUUGCAAACACAGGACAAGAAACUAAACGAACUAGAAAAACAUGCUGAAGAAUUUGAUCAGAAAUACGGAGAAAACUCCAAGAUUUUAAAAUUAAAGUUCGACAAAAUACGUAAGAAGAACAAAACUUUAGAAAGUAGACUCAAGCAAGCAGACAAAAGAAUUGGAGAAUUCGAAGAAUCGAUUGAAGAAAUAAAAUCGUGCUGUUCCUCCGGUAUUGAAGAUGUAAAUCAUGAAGUUAUCAAGACAAAGAAUGUUGCGUGUGACCUAAGAAAACGGAUUGAUGCUUUAUCUAAAUCUAUGUAUGGAAAAGAAUUACCCAUUGAUGAUCAGACAACUAAUGAAUAUCUCUUGAAAAAUCAUGCCAUCAUUUCUUCAGAAAACUACAAAGUAUUAAAAUCACAUUUGGAGAAAUCAUGUAAUGAAAUGUUUGAAAAUUUUAAUGCUAAGUUUGGAGCCGUGUGUCAACUGAUGUCCACCCGAAUCAACCCGCUGGAAUCACUUCUGGGAAUCUUUCACAAAAACAUGACAGCACGGAAGAAAUUAAAGACACAGGUUCAAGAUAUCUCGAGGAAACUCAUGUAUAUUGAGUCCCGCGCCUGUACCAGCUACGCCUGUCACGUCCAGUUUGACGACACGCCCCUGCUCUCUGACUUUAUUCUGUCAACAUUCAGCUCUGUGAGAGAACACAACGGUCACCACUUCAACAGACGGCAACAUUCAGCUCUGUGAGAGAACACAAUGGUCACCACUUCAACAGACG